AUGGAUUAUAUACCAAAACACAACACUCAUCUCUCCGUCGUCGUUUUGAUAAUGGGCUGUACCUGCCACGCUCUGUUCGACCGGUUCCUGGAGGAGAGCCACUCUGAUCAGCUGUUUCCUCGGCACCUGGAAGACGACAGUCAAAUUACUUCGUGUGAUUUCGAGUCGCUGUGUCUCUGGACCUUGUCAAACAACAGCACCCACAGCGACUGGUCGGUGGCGUCACCGCGGCGACCGGCCGGGAUGCUGCCGGUGACGGACCACUCUGUGGGGAGCUCUGAUGGCCACUUCCUCCUCCUGAGCUUUUCACCUGCUGCUGCCGUCGCCGCUGGGAGAUGUGAAUACAACUUAACCAGUCCGGUUUUGCCAGCGAGCAGCAGGCAGUGCGUCCUGCGUGUUGCGCUGUACGAGGCCGGUCCGACGGCGGGGAACCUCACCGUCCUCAUCAAGCCGGUUCUCUCGGGUUCAGCCGUUCACUCCGACGUCGUCCACAGCAGGAGAGGAGAUCGCCGCAGGGCGGAGUGGGAGGUUCUGGAGAGCGCCAUCGGCCUGGUGGACGAACCCUUCCAGGUGACGCUGCUCUACUCGUCCUGUGCAGCAGGAGACGGAGCCGCUGUGGCGCUGGACUCUCUGGAGUUCACAGACUGUGAAUCGGAUCAUCAGGACGACGAGCAGAACGCAGCCUGUGAGGAAUCCUUCCACUGUGAAAACUCAGGAGGCUGCAUCGACCAGAGCCAAGUGUGCAACUUCCACACGGACUGUCCGUUAGGAGAGGACGAGGGCUUCACCUGUGAUGCUCUUCCCUUUGGCUCGUACUGCUCAUUUGAAGGGGAUUCCUGCGGUUGGUCGACGUCCAGCCAGCGCUCGGGCUGGAGGAGGGUGGCUGGAGAUGAGCUUCUGGAGAAAGAAGACAUGCAGGGCGUCACUCUGCAGAGCACACCAGGGCACUUCCUGUUUCUGCAGGUAACAGAGAGUAACUCUGUCCAAGAGGCGUCCAUUCAUAGCUUCUUCUUCCCUCGUCCGGUCUCCACGGCCGCCUGCCAGAUGCGCUUCUCUCUGUACAUGUAUGGAGAGUUUAAUGGUUCGCUGCUCGUGGCCAUAGAGGAGAACGGGACCAGCACCGCUUCGCUGGUCUGGGAGAGAAAUGGGCAGUGGACAGAUGACUGGGUGGACGUCGCCCUGCAGCUGACUGGUCUUCAUCACGGGUUCCAUGUGAAGGUGACGGCUGUGUGGGGAGAAGGCUCCAGCGCUGACGUGGCCCUUGAUGACAUUGCAAUCGGAGCGGCGUGCUUCACCACAGACCUCAACUCUCUGCUGCCCAUGGCGGACUUGGAGGAUUUCUUAAGCCCUCUUCCGGAGCCUUCGGCCUCAGAGGUUUCUCUCAUGACUUGGUGGUUCAACUCCUGCGGUGCCAGCGGACCUCAUGGCCCGACCCAAGCCCAGUGUGACAGCACCUACAGGAACAAAAAUGUCAGUGUGACGGUGGGGAAGGAAGGCCCUUUGAAAGGAGUCCAGAUGUGGAGGGUGCCUGCGACCAACAGAUACCUGAUCUCUGCUUACGGCGCCGCAGGAGGAAAAGGAGCCAAGAACCACAACAAGCGCAACCACGGGGUCUUUAUAUCGGCGAUAUUUCCUUUGGAGAAGGGAGACAUACUUUACAUCCUGGUGGGCCACCAGGGAGAGGACGCGUGUCCGGGGAGAAAUCCCUACACCCAGAAGAUCUGCCUGGGAGAGUCGUCUGUGAUCGAAGGCAACGUCCGGGUGGAGGCCGGUGCGGAGUGGGCCGGAGGAGGAGGCGGAGGAGGGGGAGCCACUUACAUCUAUAAGAUGGAGGCCGGCGAGCUGGUGCCUUUGCUGAUCGCAGCCGGCGGUGGAGGAAACGCCUACCUGGAGGACCCAGAGUCCAACCCGGACGAGAUCCCACUGGAGCAGUUCGAAAACAGCACAGCAGCUCCCAGUAUCAACGGUCAAACUGGGGCAGCAGGUGGCGGCGGCGGCUGGAAAGACGCUCCCAGUCCUCACCUGAGGGCUGGCAAGUCUCUGGUGGAAGGGGCAGAGGGAGGUUCCUCGUGUCCUCUGGCCCUGUCCAAGCUCAGCUGGUCAACCUUUGGAGGUUUUGGAGGUGGAGGUGGAGCCUGCACAGCUGGAGGCGGUGGAGGAGGGUACAGAGGAGGUGACGCCGCGCUGAUGGAUGAGAUCACAGCCGACGGUCAGAACGGGAUUUCAUUCAUCCAUCCGAUGGGGGAGAUUUUCCUGCAGCCUCUGGCGGCCAUGGAGAGUCAUGGGGAGUGUGACAUCAAGGUGCAGCUGAACUGCAGCCACUGUCAGACGCAGAGCUGCAAACGGGACGAAGACACUCACUUCAUCCUGUGUCUCUGUGACGACGACGAGGUCCUGGCCAGCGACAACGUUACGUGUGUGGGUACAGUAGCAGCUCCUCAAGGCGUCGCUCCUCAGGGCCAGAUGUCCACGUCGCUCAUCCUGGCUGUCGUCGUCUCCACGGUGGCCAGCGGCCUCGCGCUGGUCUGCGCCGGCGUCAUCCUCAUGUGGUACCGCAGGAAAAACGACCUGCACGCAGUCAGGGGGCGUCUGCAGAGUCCCGAGUACAAGCUGAGCAAGAUCCGCUCCUCCACCAUCAUGACGGACUACAACCCCAACUACUGCUUCGCUGGCAAGGCGGCGUCGCUCAGCGAGCUGAAGGAAGUGCCGCGCAAGAACAUCACGCUUCUCAGGGCUCUCGGCCACGGCGCCUUCGGUGAGGUCUACGAAGGCCAAGUCCUGGGGAUGAGCGGAGAUGGCGGCCCCAUGCAGGUGGCCAUAAAGACUCUUCCAGAAAUCUGCUCCGAACAGGAUGAAAUGGAUUUCCUGAUGGAGGCGCUGAUUAUGAGCAAGUUCAGCCACGAGAACAUCGUCCGCUGCAUCGGCGUCAGUCUCAACAUCCUGCCGCGCUUCAUCCUGCUGGAGCUGAUGACCGGAGGAGACAUGAAGAGCUUCCUCAGACAGAACCGGCCGCGAGCUGCUCAGACCUCUUCACUCACCAUGCGGGAGCUGCUGCGGAUGGCCAGAGACAUCGCCUGUGGCUGCCGUUAUCUGGAGGAGAACCACUUUAUACACAGAGACAUUGCUGCCAGGAAUUGCCUGCUCACCUGCCCCGGACUGGACAGAGUGGCUAAGAUCGGAGACUUUGGCAUGGCGCGAGACAUUUACAGAGCCAGCUACUACAGGAAAGGCGGUCGUGCCAUGCUGCCGGUCAAAUGGAUGCCACCCGAGGCCUUCAUGGAGGGAAUCUUCACUUGCAAGACUGAUACGUGGUCGUUUGGAGUGCUGCUUUGGGAAAUCUUCUCUCUGGGUUACAUGCCAUAUCCGUGUAAAACUAAUCAGGAGGUCCUGGAGUUUGUCACCAGCGGAGGCAGGAUGGAUCCUCCUAAGGGCUGCCCAGGGCCAGUCUAUCGGAUCAUGACCCAGUGUUGGCAGCACUGCCCUGAGCACCGGCCCAACUUCUCCACCAUCCUGGAGAGAAUCAACUACUGCACUCAGGAUCCGGAUGUGAUCAACACACCCCUACCAGUGGAAUACGGUCCCAACACAGAGGAUGAUGGCGGCACGGUGAUCCGGCCCAGUGACCCCACUUCCACCAGCCUCACCCCACUCUUGGUGUCACACCCUGUUUCCCAGGAUUUGCCCUCCCAGCUCGGUCUCUCCUCCAUUGGUCUGGGUCCAGCCCCUCACAUCCCACAACCCACCAAACCCCGUCUGCUCCUACAGAGAACCCAACCUGUCCACCAUGAGGUGGCGUCAUGUCGCGAGGCACUGGAGCCGUCCUGGGCUGAGCCUGUUCCUGCCCCCGGUUUGUCGGCCGGAGGCAACUGGCUCCAUCCUGAGCCUCCUCAUCACCGGCCUUGCUCCAGAAACAGCUCCUCCUCAGGGAGCCAGAGGCUGAAGAACAAGACCAAGAACCUCUGGAACCCCACGUAUGGCUCAUGGGUCUUGGAAAACUUCAGGGGGAAGAAAACGCUGGCUCACACUCAGUCCAUGCCGCUGUCGAGCUCCUCCGCCUCCAGCACGCAGCCCUGCAGCCCGACUUCAGAGAGCAACGAGGCUGGGUGUGACAGCACCAGCAGCACCUACCUCAGCCCCUCAACCCUCUGCACUUCAUCCACUCCAUCUCCUUCCUGCCAGGCUCCAGCUGCGACAAGCGCGUCCUCCCACAAGACCCUAGCAGGCGGUGCCACAAAGCCGAGCAUGGACCUGGCUAAGCUCCAGAGUUUCCCCUGUGGCAACGUCAACUACGCCUACGAUGAGCAAAGCUACGAGGCAGAGAACCUGCCCCUGGUUAUGCCCAAAGCUCCAGAAGCCAUCACAAACACCAGCUCUGCCCAGAGUGUCUCCUCAGGGGCCAGUCUGGCGCUGGCGUUAGGCCUCCACACCUCCUCGUCCUGCAUGCCCAAGCUGCUGCUGAAGCGUCACGCCAGCUACGGACACGAGGACGUGAGGAGACACACCAAGGCCGAGAAGCCCACCCGCGACCGAGACUCUGGCUUUUCUCUGUCCGAAGACCUCAGCGUUACCCCAAUCUGAGAAACAGCUCACAGGGUUUUUGAUUCAUCCAAAAAAAAAAAAAAAAGCCACCUGAGUCCCUUCUCUAACAAACUGAAACUCAAGCUCUGGAUUUCUGGGACAAGACCCACCACGGUCAACAAGCCACAAAACCAAAAUGAUUACAGUUCUUGGUAUGCUGGAAAACACACUCGGACAUCCACACACACACACACACACUCCUCUGCACUGUGAUACAAAGAGCUAAGCCUGGACUCAGAACCCCGUCGUGGGCGUCUGGUAAACUGGUAGCUGAACACUGAGUCUGGGCGACACGUUGCCCUGUGUUUUCUCACUCUGUCCACACUGUUGGCGAUGGAUGCCAGAAAUAACUGCUGUAGAUGGACUCCUUUUGUUUUUGUUUUGUUACCUCCUUUUGGCUGCAUUUGUUUCAUGAAAGCUUUGGCAGAAUCCUAUUGACAUUUGUAGUAUUCAGUUUGACCAUAACGGGCCAAAAACGUUGCGGCACUGGGAAGAGAAUCUCCGAGUUUUAAUUUCAGCAAUGUGAACUGAGGAAAAGCUUCUUUACUCCUUCUUUUGAUGCUGAUAGUUGGUGUCAGGAGUGUUUCAUUUAUAAUUAUACACAUGCUUUAGGACCUUGUAGUUGUAGCUGGUACUUUAAAGUGACUCUGGUUUGCUUUCACCCCCUUAUAAUGUGAAAACAUUCCCACAAAACUACUGCAAUAACAUGUGUUUUCUAACAUGUUAGGUUUUUCUAAAGCUGUAGAGUCGCUCGUAGAUGCAUCGUGUUGCCGAGCCGGGCGGACUGCUUCCCGCCGUUCUCAGUCUUUGUGCUAAGCUAACAGAAUAUAGCUUUAUAUUAGCAAGCGUCUCUUCUAACAAGAAAGAAAAAUAUUGUGUGAAAUGUUGACCUGUUCCUGUCGUGACUUAAACUCUCGAGCUGAAUGUUGGGAUUGUUGUGCCAAACUACGCAGGUCUUUGGAUUUAGCCUCUUCCCCGAUGUCCCAAUGUUCACUUAGAAAUGUACAGAACAUGAUGACGACCGUGCAGCUGGGAAAAUAUUUACUAUUUUUGUACUCGCUUCCUUACACUGGACUAACCCAUUGCAUUUGUAGCUGUUCCUUUUUUUUUUGUAUUCACUUAUGUUAAUGAUGAACUUGUAGUCUAUCACUGCCAUUAGAUGCUGCUGCUGCUGCGCUGCAUCGACCGACGUAGCGCCGCCGGCAGUACCUGUGUUUACUCAGCAGGGGGAGGUGUUCAGCUUUGACGUGCCAAACAAGCUGCUGCAGGUAUCUCAAUAUUAAUAAUCAAAGAUUUUUUUUUUUUAAAUGUGGAAAAUCUCUAUUCGGUAUUUAUGUUUUCAGGUUAUUCUUAUUUAACCAGUUUAGUAGUGGAAGUUGUUUUAUUUUGAGCCUAAACAUAGCAUAUUUUUUAUUAUGUUGAGUAAGUAGUUGCAUUUAUUGCUGUACUUUUUAUGCCCUGCUGAUGUUUGUGUGUCUUUAUUUUCGUUGCUCAUAAUAGCAUCUUUAAGAAAAGGUAACUCACCAAAAGGCUCGUAGUUUUCUACAGAUUGUGCCGUUUAGAAAUUCUGAUUACUGUUGAAUAUUUUUACAUGGGAGGUUAAAAAAAAAAAAGACCCUCGUCUGAGUUACGGUGUAUAUUUCUGAAGUCCUGGUGCAUUUAACUUUACAUUCACAAUUUUUUCAGUUUCUUUUUGUUGUUGUUUUUGUUUUAUAUGUAGCUGAGGAUGCCUCCGACAAAAGUGCAAAGACAUUCUAUGCAAACACACUGUCUUUCAUCUAACCUAACUGUGCCCCAAAUAAACCCACGUAUGUUGAUGUCACUUCGGUUCCACACAGUUUUGUCCCCGAUGACGAGAAAUGAAAAAGAUUUUAAAGACGACGAGAAAGAUUUUACUGUUGAAAAUAGCAGAAACAGUGCGUCCCCGUUUUAAUUCCACAUAUACGUUCAUUCAUUUCAUUCACUUUUCUAAACUUUUAAAAUGACCCACACCGGGAAAAAAAA